GAGCUGCUACUUUUCAUGAAGGCUGAAGAGUAUCCAUGUGAUAUCAUGGCUCCUGAUAUUCACGAGGAGAGGCAGUACCGCUGUGAGGACUGUGACCAGCUCUUUGAGUCCCGGAACCAGCUGCUGGACCACCAGAAGCAGCCGUGUGGGAUGCCCCCCUCCUCCUUCCUUAACCCAGGAGGGGACAGUGACGUGAAUGCAGACGAACCUGAAGACUUGCGACCGCUCCACCUGUCCAACGGUCUGCACGAGUGUAAGGAGUGUGACCAGGUCUUCCCUGAUGCUCAGAGCCUUGAGGGCCACAUUCUGUCCCACUCUGACGAGAGGGAGUACAAGUGUGACCAGUGCCCCAAGGCCUUCAACUGGAAAUCCAACCUGAUCCGACAUCAGAUGUCACAUGACAGUGGCAAGCACUACGAAUGUGAAAACUGCUCAAAGCAGGUGUUCACAGACCCCAGUAACCUGCAGAGGCACAUCCGCUCGCAGCACGUCGGGGCUCGGGCCCACGCCUGCUCGGACUGUGGCAAGACGUUCGCUACGUCUUCGGGCCUCAAGCAGCAUAAGCACAUCCACAGCAGUGUCAAGCCCUUCAUGUGCGAGGUAUGCCACAAGUCCUACACCCAGUUCUCUAACCUGUGCCGCCACAAACGCAUGCAUGCGGACUGUCGCACACAAAUCAAGUGCAAGGACUGUGGGCAGAUGUUCAGCACCACAUCCUCCCUCAACAAGCACCGGCGCUUCUGUGAAGGAAAGAACCAUUUCACUGCAGGGGGAUUGUUUGCCCAGGGUAUGUCACUCCCUGGCGCCCCUGGCUUGGACAAAUCAGCCCUGGCGAUGGGCCACGGCGUUGCUGGAUUGGCUGAUUACUUCGGGGCCAGUCGUCACCACGGAGGUCUUACCUUCCCUGCUGCCCCGGCAUUUCCUUUUAGCUUCCCCGGUCUCUUCCCCUCUGGACUCUACCACCGGCCACAGCUCAUCCCUGCCACCAGCUCUUCUAUCAGGCAACCAACACAUGCAUCUAUUGUCGGGCCUGGUGUCGAGCUAAGUAAGAGUCCGCUGCUGCCUCCCAGCCCUGGCUGUCAGGAGUCCCGAGAGCUCCUCAAAGCUCUCCGUAAGGAUGGCGGUUCACCUGGCAGUCAGAUGGCCGCCUCAGAGCUCCAUACUCAGAGCUCAUCCUCCACGAAGCAGCGAAUCAAACAGAGUGACCAGUCCGAGAGCAGCGACCUGGACGAUGUCAGCACGCCCAGCGGAAGUGAUCUGGAGAGCACGUCAGGCUCCGAGCUGGAGAGUGACAUGGACAGUGAGAGGGAGAGGGGGGCUGCUCGAGAAAAUGGAAAAGGCCCCAAGAGGAAGGCCAGUGAGGGAGGCCCCCAGAGCCCCAGCCUGACAGGCAGCAGUGCUGCCAAAGACUUUGCAGGCCCUUCCCUCAUCCCACCCUCGCUGGACGAGCACACAGCUGUAACUGGGGCUGUGAAUGACUCUAUUAAGGCCAUUGCCUCAAUUGCUGAGAAGUACUUUGGCUCCACAGGGCUGGUUGGCCUGCAGGACAAGAAGGUUGGGCCUCUGCCCUACCCCUCCAUGUUCCCUCUGCCUUUCUUCCCAGCUUUCUCUCCUCCAGUUUACCCUUUCCCAGACAGGGACCUCAGACCUCCAGGCCUAAAGGUCGAGCCCCAGUCUCCGCCAGAUGAUGGCAAGAAGGCCCAGAGCAAAUCUUCAUCCGAGUCGCCAUUCGACCUUACUACCAAGAGAAAGGAGGAAAAGCCAGCUCCAUUCGCUCCCUCCAAACCGGAGGCCUCCAACUCUCGUGGUCAGGAUCAGCCACUGGACCUGAGUCUGGGAAGCAGGGGCCGCGGACGGAAUCCAAGAGAGCAGGAGACAAAGAAGAACCCCGGUUAUGAAGAAGAAAAGGUAGCGAUGGAGAUCCCGAAGGCAGACAACUCCUUACAGCAUGCCAGGCCCACCCCAUUCUUCAUGGACCCCAUCUACAGGGUUGAGAAGAGGAGGAUGAGCGAUCCGUUUGAGACUCUGAAAGACAAGUACAUGCGGCCAGCACCCGGCUUCCUCUUCCAUCCACAGUUCCGUUUGCCAGAUCAGAGAACUUGGAUGUCGGCCAUCGAGAACAUGGCGGAGAAGCUGGAGACGUUUGGCUCGUUGAAGCCGGAGUCAGGUGACCUGCUGCGCUCCGUCCCCUCCAUGUUUGAUUUCAGAGCCCCGCCCUCUGCACUCCCAGAAACGCUGCUGCGCAAGGGCAAGGAGCGCUACACCUGCAGAUAUUGCGGGAAAAUAUUCCCGCGCUCUGCCAACCUGACCCGCCACCUCAGGACUCACACAGGAGAGCAACCAUAUAGGUGUAAAUACUGUGACCGCUCCUUCAGCAUCUCCUCCAACCUGCAGCGUCACAUCCGCAACAUCCACAACAAGGAGAAGCCCUUCAAGUGCCACCUGUGUGACCGCUGCUUCGGCCAGCAGACCAACCUGGACCGUCACCUCAAGAAGCACGAGAACGGCAACCUGUCAGGCACUGCGAUGUCGUCUCCUCGGUCUGAACUGGACAGCAGCAGCGCCAUACUGGACGACAAGGAAGACUCGUAUUUCAACGAAAUAAGAAAUUUUAUCAGCAACACUGGGCAGAACCAGGCGUCCCCGGACCCCUCAGAGGAAGGGUUAAAUGGCGGCCAGUUUGAAGAGGAGAAGCCACUGAUGGCCAGCCAUGGGUCACGUGACCUGGAAGACGAGGAAGCAGAGGAGCUCGGCGCUGAUGAAGAAGAAGGAGACGAGCCGAGCAACGCCUCUGGGAAACCGGAAGGGGAGGUGCUCCCGAGCAACCUCAGUGAUGAUGUCACACAAGAGGAAAUGGACUUCACUGGGCCCAACGACUUGAACCUCAACUGCAAAACCUCUCCCAGGGGGUAUGAGGAUGAGGAGGAGCAGAGCAGUUACUCAGCCCUGGAUCAUAUUCGCCACUUUUCAGACAUGCGCAAGCUGGAGGAGAGUGAAGUGAGCGAUGGUGACGGAGAUGAGGACGAUGAAUCAUUCGGCUCUCCUUCUCUGACCGAGGCCGUCAAACAGCCACUCUUUAGAAAAUCGAAGUCUCAGGCGUACGCCAUGAUGCUGUCUCUGGCUGAAAAGGACUCUCUCCACCCAGCCACCCACACCCCCGCCACCAUGUGGCACAGUCUGGCCCGGGCCGCCGCCGAGUCCAGCGCCAUCCAGUCCCUCAGCCACGUAUGAUGACACCCCCUCUGCGCUUUUCCCUUCACCC